AUGGGUCAACAAAAUUAUAAUUAUUCCACAGGAACAUCAAUCAAUCAAUCAUUUAUUUUAGUUUUACAUCUUUUUUAUUCAUUUUCGAGAAUGUUAAUUCAACAACAAACAGUGAUCGAUUUACCAUCAACAACAAUAUCGUCACCACCACAACCAAUACAAUCAAAUAAUAUCAAUAAUAGUACAUCGUCAACUGCGACAACAUCGUCGAUACCCUCAACAACGAAUAUGGCUACCGUUACUUCAGACUCGUCGUUGACAUCUGCCUCUAUUUUAACUACGAACAAUAAACAACUGCUGGCUGUUGCUGCCACUGAGAAUCAUCAUCUGCGGAGCGAUGAUAUCGGUCUGGCAACUACCACUAUUUCUACAACUUCAUCAUUUAUGCUUUUACAACAACAACAACAAGACACUGCUACCACUACUUCAACCUGUACCAUAAACAACCAUCCCAUUACAAUCAACACAAAAACAAUCUGUAGCAUACAUACUCACCAGCAACAACAACAACAACAUCAAUCCAACAAUAUUAACGAUGAAUAUCCACUUUACUUGUCUGACAAUGAAAAUAGUGGUGAUUGUUGUUGUCCUACAACAAGUACUUCGGUUGCCGAGCAAAAUAGUAAUAGUAACAUUUUGUUAAACAGUGGGAAUGUUAGUCUUCAUCAUUUGAAUCAUUUGUCAUCGAGGGAGAAUGGCGAUAGUUGGAUGGAAGAGAACUUUAGUUGUGCAGAGGAUUUCGAUGAGAUGCUGGUAUUCACCGACGAUGUGGAAUCAGAGCGUGAAAAACGACGUUACACCGGUGUCGCCAAUCGAAGUAGAAGCAACAGCUUAAUGUCAAACUGCACAGGAACCAGUAGUAUAAAUAAUAUUUUUGAAGGUAGUUUAUAUGGUAGUAGUUUCAACAACAACAACAUUAACAAUAGUAAUAAUCAUUUCAGCGUUAUACAAUCGGCAAUUACAGCGAUGCAGAAUACACCACUGCUGACGCAACAACAACAGCUACGACUCUCACCGACACUCAACGAUCUCCUACGAUUGUCACCCACAAACACACCGACAUCGCCACCACAAAUGAAUCGCACGAGCACACCAACAACAACAACCACCACCAACAACAACAACAACACACAUUUUAAUACUUCACCCACCAAAACAACAACAAGUGGUAGACUUAAUUCAAGUUCAAACUUUAUUCCGAUUACCAAUUGCACUACAUUUUCACUUUCACCACCGACAUCACCUAAAAAGAACAGCAAUAUCAACAUCAACAAUAAUAAUAGUAGUAAUUCAACUGAAAGUAAUACAAGUUUAAAUUCCGAGAAUAACAAUAACAAUAAUAAUAUAAUCAAUAAUAACAAUAUUAGCUAUGUAAUUAGAAAAAGAAGAUCGUCUGUACCUACCAAACCUUUGAUGACACCACUCGACUUUAGAUCGAUAAGACGUAGUAGUGAAGACAAUCCGAUCGCAUCAGAUAUCAAGGUGAUGGAGAAGAUUAGAGUUCACAAGAAAGAUUUGGAAUCUAUGAAACUCAAACAUGUAAAGCUGAAACAACAAAUGUCACUACUCGAUGAAGGUUACACCGAAGUACAAUACCUCUCUGAUGACGAAGACGAUGAAGAUAACAACGACAACAACAAUGAAAGUAAACCAAAAUUAGAAAAACAAUGUAAAAAGUUGGAAAUUGAUAUAAACAACUUGGAGAAUUUAUUAUCGCUUUUAUCAACACAAUCAAAUUUCGGUAACAAUAAUAAUAACAACAACAAUAACAAUAGCAAUAGUAAUGGUAUUACACAUAGUACAAGUGGAAGUAGUAUUGGUCAUAGUGCAAGUCAUCAGCAGCAUCAUCAUCACAGCCAACAUGUUGGUCAUAUGCACAGUAGUUGUGGAAGUAACAGAUCGUCGACUUCACCUCGUACUCGUGAUUGGAGAGAUUGGACCAAUGUAACCAAUAGUUCGAGUAGUCUGCAUCGCGAGUGGACCAACAAUACGUCGUCGUCGUGUAGCUGCGGUAUCGGUUGUAGCGGAACUGGAUUCAAUUCGCCAUCAAGUAAAAAGUUUUCACAGGAAUUGAAAUUGGAGUUACGUCCACUCGAGAUUAGAGCUGCCGUACAUACUUCACCACGACGACUCAACACCUCACAAAUCAAUAGUAACAACAAUAACAACAUUACCAAUAGCAACGGUAUCAAUCAAUCGAGUUCGUCUAUCACCAACUUCUUUGAUGAUACUAUAUCAGAGUUUGAAGUUGAAAAAACAAAGCUCGAUCAAUAUCAAUUUGCAUUAGCAUUUAAACAAAAAGAACCUAUUGAUUAUCAAGAAUAUACUAUAAAGAGAAAGUUGGGUGAAGGUAAACAUUCAGUUAUUUGGGAGGUAAUGUGGAGAGAAACUCGUUUUGCAUUGAAACAAUAUAAACAACCACAACCUGGUCAAUCUAAUGAUCUCUCAAAAGAAGAGAGUAUGAAAUAUAUAUUGGGUAUCAAUCAUUAUAAUGUAAUGGUUGGAAUUGGAUAUACAGUGCAACCACAUCAAUGUCUGUUGUUAGAGUAUAUGGAGGGUACUACUUUGUAUGAUCUGCUGAUAAAAGAUGGUGUAAAGAUUGAGAUGCCAAUGUUCUUAAAGAUCGGUAAGGAGUUGGCAGCUGCAAUGAAUCAUCUUCAUUCAAUGGAAAUCAUUCAUGGUAACUUGACUAUCGACUCAAUCUAUGUUGAUAAGCUUGGCAAUGUCAAAGUCGGUGGAAUCAAGUACAACUCUUCAGAUCCAAACGAUCCUGCCAUCGAUCCGCGUUAUCGUGCACCGGAAAUAAUCAAGUCACAGGCGAUCACCACCAAAGUAGAUUUUAAUGAUGGAACAACAGUUGCUGUUAAAGUAUCAUUUGAGAAUUUGAGACCAAAGAUUCCAAUGAGAUGUCCACUGAUCAUUCGUAAAUUGAUCAAUCGCUGUUGGUCACCCAAUUCCGAGUCAAGACCAGACUUUACAGAGAUAUUGAGAAUCUUCUACCAUUUGGAUGGCAAGAUAUUCUUUUCGGCAUUAGCAAGAGGUUCUCUCUGGGUACGUUAUACAUUAGAUCAAGAUCAAGAGAUUGAAAGAGAAAGAAAAAGAAGAGAGAAAUACGAUGAGAUCUUGGAGUUCCUACAGAAACGUGAUUACAUUGUAGAGUUUAAUGAUUUACAAUUCGGUGAGAAGAUAGGUGAAGGCAGUUUUGCAAAGGUUUGGCUUGGCGAAUGGAAUGGCUACAAGGUUGCAAUCAAAAAGUUAAAGAAUCCAAAUAUCACCGAGAAAUUCUUUUUAAGAGAAGUUUCAAAUUUAAUUAAAUCACAUCAUCCAAAUGUUGUUAUGUUUAUGGGUAUUGUAACUAAUCCACCUUGUAUCAUAACUGAGUAUAUGAGUGGUGGAUCGUUGUACGAUGUUCUACAUUCAAAGCAUUGCAAUUUGGACAAGACUAUGAUGUUCAAGAUGAUGCGUGAUCUCGCCAUUGGAAUGUCACACCUCCAUUCGUUGUCACCACCAAUGUUACAUCGUGAUCUGACCAGCAAAAACAUAUUGUUGGACGAAUUCCAGAAUAUAAAGAUCUCUGAUUUCGGACUGUCCAAGCAGAUCGAAGAGGAGAUGACACUGGCCGGCAUAUGCAAUCCACGUUGGCGACCACCCGAAAUCACCAAAGGCAUGAAGAACUACUGUGAGAAAGUCGAUGUCUACUCGUUUGGCUUGGUGAUCUACGAGAUCUACACUGGAAAGGUACCGUUUGAAAACCUGGAAGGUGUUACGGCAGCUGCCAAGUCGGCCUACGAGAACCUCAGACCUUCGCUGCCCGACGACUGUCCACUCUGGCUGCGAAAGUUGAUCACUCGAUGCUGGGCUGGCGAGCCAAGUGAACGUCCAUCGUUUUUAGAGAUUGUAAAUAUAUUGAACCAAUACAAAGAUCAAUUCAUCAAGAGAGAUCUCUUUGAAAUGAUCAGUGGUGACGAUGAAAACGACCAGAUAGUUGAAGACAAUAUUCACUAUGACGAUGCCGAUGAAUCUUAG